AUGGCUUCCCUUCAAUCUUCCUUAGUGUUGCUCUCCACCAAUCACAAACCCCCCUCCACCGCUGCAAGACGCUUCCACGUGUCAUGCAGUAGUGGAGGCAGAGGUGGAGGCGGUGUAGACCGCAGAGACAUGCUUUUAGGACUAGGAGGUCUCUACGGUGCUACAGCCGCUAACCUCAAUGCCCGGGCCGAUCCGAUCCAGCCGCCGGACAUGAAGGUUUGUGGAGUCCCUGAAGUCGGCGGGGUGCCUCUGGACGUGAACUGUUGCCCACCCGUGUCGGACGCGAUAAAAGACUACGUCCUCCCGCCAGUGGGGACCCUGCGCGUGAGGCCGGCCGCGCAUAGGCUCCACCGGCACCACCAUGGACACCUAGCCAAGUACGAGGAAGCCGUAAGACGGAUGAGGGCGUUGGACAAGACCGACCCGGACGACCCCCGGGGCUUCACGCAGCAGGCCAACGUCCACUGCGCGUAUUGCAACAACGCCUACGACCAGGCCGGGACCGACAUCCCCCUCUCCAUCCACUUCUCAUGGUUGUUCUUCCCUUGGCAUAGAUGGUACUUGUAUUUCUACGAAAGGAUCUUGGGGAAGUUGAUCCAAGACCCUACCUUCGCCUUGCCCUUCUGGAACUGGGACAACCCGAGGGGCAUGCAUCUACCGUUGAUCUUCGACAACGAGAAAUCCCCUCUCUACGACGCCAACCGUAACCCUCUCCACCGACCUCCCGCCGUCGUCGACCUGCAGUACACAAACGACAAGCCGGAACCGAUUGACGAUGAAAGGCUGGUGAGGAACAAUCUAGCUUCAAUGUAUAAAGAAAUGAUGAGGGUUCGCAAACCUGAAGACUUUAUGGGGCAGAGUUAUGUGGCAGGGGAUGAGGUCCCACCCCCUGCCAAGGCAGGGACAGUAGAGCGGGGGUCCCACACCAGCAUCCACCGCUGGGUGGGGGACCCCAGCAAUCCCUACCAUGAAGACCUAGGAAACUUCUACUCUGCAGGGCGGGACCCGGCUUUCUACUCCCAUCACUCCAACGUUGACCGAAUGUGGACUAUAUGGAGAGGCCUCAGGACCAGAGUCCCGAAAGCCAUUUACGACCCGGACUACCUUAAUGCGGCCUUCUUGUUCUACGACGAGAACAAGGAGCUUGUGCGUGUCAGGGCCGGGGACGCCCUCGACAACAGGAAAAUGGGGUACGAGUACGAGGACGUCGACGUGCCUUGGUUGUACUUCCGGCCUCCCAGGAGGGCGGCCGGGGUUAAAAUCAAGGACAUCUCGAAAACUGCGCAAAGGCCAGAAAAGGUGUUCCCACUCACACUCAGCAGGAUUGCUAGGGUUUUGGUCUCGAAAACCGCCCCCGGCGCAGCUGACGAGGAUUUAGUGGUGGAGCACAUACACGCCAACCCUGACGAAUUUGUGAAGUUCGACGUCUACGUCAACAGCGAAGAAGACGACCCGAAGGACGUCGACAACGCCGAAUACGCCGGGACCUUCGCGAAGCUUCCGCAUAGGGGCGGCCGCGGUGGCCAUCACUCGCAUGAUAAGGGGAAAGGAUCGGUUAGGUUUAGCUUGAAGGAACUGUACGAGGACAUUAAUAUCGAUGGCGACGACGAGGAGGUCGUCGUCACCAUUGUUCCGCGGGCUAACGGCCGCCACGUCACCAUUGGUGGUAUCAAAAUCGUCAAGGCUUGACGUCGUUGAUUGAUCGAUUUGUGUGUUGUUGGUAUGUACUAGUAAUAAUUUGAUUCUUCAAUUACUUGUGGUGACAAGUGUUGAGAAUUUGUUGUGUGAUUUUAGCUUUCUUUAUGUUGUAAUAAUUCCGCUUUUCCGGCGGUUGAUGUGUUAAAAAUUUGUUUGGUUUUUCUUUUGUUCUAUCGUAACCUUUUUUAAUUUA